CGAUAUAAAUACAUAUAUAUUUUUAAUUGUUUAUCAUAAAAUAUAAUUUUAUUUAAUAUUAAAUUAAACAAAUUUUUAGGGAUUCAGGUGUAAUCAGGUGACUCGUAUAAAUGGCCCGCAAAAUAAACUUAAAAAAAUUGGCAACAGUUUUAAUAAAAUAUAAAUGUGAUCCAUGUUUUUGGAAAAAUAUUAAAAUUGGUGAUGAAGUUAUUUAUGCUGCUGCCAAAGCAUGUUUGAAAAAUACAUCAUCAAUUUCACGCAAAAGAAUUGCUCUUAUUUUAGUGGAAGGAAGAUGCAAUAUUUUAAAUGUUUAUAAUGGAAUCCAGGAGCAAAAAACAAAUUUCAUGGAUCAAGUAAGGUGUAUUUUAUUGAAUCAAAUUGUAAAUGUUACAGAUGUGAAUUCAGACAUUAUUCUAAAAGUUUGUAAGAAAUUAGGUUUUAAUUUUAAUAAAAAGUCCAAGAUUCAGAAAACUUUGAUCAUAGAAAAA